CUCCCCUCUUACUCAACUGGCAACACCUACUCAUCUUUCGCAAUGGCUCUCGACGGGCUCUCAUGGGCGAGGAUAGCCUUUACGAGCGUCAUCGCGGCGCUCGCAUAUGUCACACAUCGUUGUUACCCCAAGUCACCUCACAGCUUCCUCUUUGGUCAUCUGAAGCUGUUCAACGAGAUGUUUGGCAUGCUGCCGAGUGACGCGCACUAUCAAGUCGUCGUCACAACCAUUGCAAAGAAGUACAACAUGCCGGGUAUCUUCUACCUCGACUUGUGGCCGGUCUCAUGGAGCCAUUUGAUCGUCAUAGAUCCCGACGUCGCGAUGGAAUUCACCGUCACCCGGAACCAUCACAAGCAUGAAGCCGUUCAAAGAAUGGCUGACCCUCUUAUUGGAAAGGCAACAUCGCCAGCGCGGAGGGACCACACUGGAAGCACCUACACAGGAUGAUGAGUCCAGCAUUCUCCAUUACGAAUAUCACUGAAAUGGGGCUGAUUGCUGCCACCGAAAUCAUGAAGUAUCGGU